AUGGAAAAAGCUAGUCAGACCUCCCCCCUGGUGGGGUUAAUUCUCCUGGGCCUCUCAGCCCACCCAAGACUGGAGAAAACAUUCUUUGUGCUCAUCCUGAUCAUGUACCUGGUGACCCUGCUGGGCAAUGGGGUCCUCAUCCUGGUGACCAUCCUUGACUCCCACCUACACAAGCCCGUGUACUUCUUCCUGAGGAACCUCUCCUUCCUGGACAUCUGCUACACAACCUCCUCAGUCUCUCUGGUCCUGGAUGGCUUCCUGGCCCCCCAGAAAACCAUCUCUUUCUCCACCUGUGCCGUGCAGAUGUUCCUCCUUUCCAUGGCAGGGACAGAGUGUGUGCUCCUGAGCAUGAUGGCGUUUGACCGCUACCUGGCCAUCUGCAACCCCCUUAGAUACCCUGUGGUCAUGAGCAAGGCUGCCUAUGUGCCCAUGGCUGCCAGCUCCUGGGCUAUUGGUGGUGUUGCUUCUCUGGUACACACAUCCUUGGCAAUUCAGUUGCCCCUCUGUGGGGACAACAUCAUCAACAACUUCACCUGUGGGAUCCUGGCUGUCCUGAAGUUGGCCUGUGCUGACAUCUCCAUCAAUGUGAUCAGCAUGGCUGUGGCCAAUGUGAUCUUCGUGGGGGUCCCAGUUCUGUUCAUUUCUGCCUCUUAUGUCUUCAUCAUUGCUACCAUCCUGAGGACCCCCUCAGCUGAGGGGAGGAAAAAGGCCUUCUCCACCUGCUCUGCCCAUCUCACUGUGGUGAUAAUAUUCUAUGGGACCUUACUUUUCAUGUAUGGGAAGACCAAGCCUAAGGACCCCCUGGGGGCAGACAAACAGAACAUUGCAGACAAGCUCACCUCCCUCUUCUAUGGGGUGGUGACCCCCAUGCUCAACCCCAUCAUCUACAGCCUGAGAAACAAGGACGUGAAGGCCGCUGUGAGGAAACUGGUGAGUCAGAAAUCCUUCAGUCAGUGUUGUAGGAGGAGUCUUCUGUGGUUCUCAUCUCCAUGGAAGAAAGGACUUCAAUCAUUACAGCUGCCAUUCUAA